ACGCUUCUCUAUGUACGCUGCUGGUGCCGCAAGCCCAAGGUCGUCAGGGACGACAUCCUCAACACAGUUGACUCGCCUCCAUGUCCCUGGUCCGAGUGGCUCAACCUUGUCACCGGGCAAGCUGUCAACCUCGAGACCAUCCACGCCGCCACCAACUCUAGCGCCAUUGGGUACAACGAGACUGCCGACGUUGGUUCGUCGUUCGAGAUCUCUUUCCGAGGAGCGGAGGAAGCUAGAGCCAUCAAGCGGUAUGGGGAUUGGGUCACCUGCUGGACGUAUGCCAUGGACGCGUACGCGUUCCUCUUCCCUUGGAGAACGCGAGAGCUCGUCGACUAUAUGCGACAUAUCUGUCAGCUCUUCACCUCUACCACGGAGUCCGUGCACGCCCGCGUGCUCUCGUAUGACAGGGCAGUUCGACUUCUCAUCGGACGCCAGCGAGGCGUGCGUUUCAACGAUUUCGCAACCUUUGAGCCUCUUCGGCUCGCCCACCUCCACACUAUCGGGAUCGUCGGGUCUGGACUCCCCCCGGUCGGCAAGACCCCUAACGCCGCUGGACCUAGCAGCAGUGGAUCCAAGAAUAAGCGACGCAAGGAUGAGUCCUGCAACCGAUUCAAUGGGGGAGUAUGCCCCAACGACGCCGCCUCCUGC